UAAUAUUUUUAAUCUGUUCUCCCAUCUCUGGAAGAGUGACGUAUGAACGGCCGAAACGAAAACGAAAGAAAAGCCUCUUGUGCCGUUGUUAUCUUCUAUCAUAACUGAAGAAUGGAGACAAACGGCCAAGUAAAUGGGCUUAAAUCUAAAAAGAAAGACAAUGGAGACGGCAAGGAUAAUUUAUGGUCUGCAAUCUUAGAAGAAGUUCAGAAUCAAGGGAACACAAAAUUACCAUCUAAUAAGAAUGUAUUAGUUCUGGGUGAUAAUGAGACGGGUAAAACAACACUUAUAGCUAAAUUACAAGGUGUAGAAGACCCUAAGAAGGGUUCAGCUCUCGAAUAUGCAUAUAUAGAUGUAAGAGAUGAAUAUAGAGAUGACCACACAAGGCUUAGUGUAUGGGUAUUAGAUGGAGACCCAGGGCACAAAAAUUUGCUCAAAUUUGCAUUGAACACAGAAACAUUCCCGCACACACUAGUCAUCUUAACGGUGGCUAUGACCACACCUUGGGGUAUAAUGGACCAGCUUCACACCUGGGCUGCAGCGCUAGGUGAUCAUAUAGAAAAAUUAGGCCUCACACCAGAACAAAAGCAUCAAAGUAUAAAGCAGCAAGUUCAAAAAUGGCUCAGAUAUACUGAACCAGGGGAUGAACUGGAACCAGCGUCUUCGCCAAUGAAGCGGUCUUCGCGGAACCUAUCAGAUGACCUCGAUAGUGAUGAUGAAGACAAUACCCUGCCUGAGAAGGUCCUUACCACCAACCUCGGUUUGGAUAUUGUUGUUGUGGUUACAAAGACUGACUACAUGAGCACCCUAGAGAAAGAGCACGACUACCGGGACGAGCACUUCGACUUCAUGCAGCAGUGGAUCAGGCGGUUCUGCCUCCAAUAUGGCGCUGCCCUGUUCUACACCAGCGCUAAGGAAGAUAAGAAUUGUGAUCUGCUUUACAAGUAUUUGACGCAUCGGAUAUAUGGCCUGCCUUUCCGCACACCGGCGCUUAUUGUGGAAAAGGACGCGGUUCUCAUACCUGCUGGCUGGGAUAGUAUGAAGAAAAUUAGUAUAUUACAUGAAAACAUACAGUCGUGCACACCGGACGACUACUACAGAAAUAUCAUCGUACAACCCGCUACUAGGAAGAGCGGUGGUCUCCGAGAAGCAGAGAUAACGUCAGAGGAUGAGCAGACAUUCCUCCAACGACAGCAGUCAGCGUUGUUAGCUGGAGCAGCUGCACCUCGAGCUGACUCCCCGCUUAGGACUGCGCAAAGGACCGCCGCGCAGCUUGACGGCACAAAAAUCGGUAUGGGCGGCGGUACACCAGGCAACGAGGGUGUUCUAGCCAAUUUCUUUAACUCCCUGCUAUACAAGAAGACGGGCUCGCCCGGCGCACGCGCAGACGUCUCACCGGGCGCAGUCUCAGCUGCUGCUAGGUCUGACGCCGCAGCGGAACUGGAUCGACUCACGCGCAAUAAAAGACCACCGCCUACUGUCGAUCUGAACUCGUCCGAGUGCUAGUUACGCAGGUAGAGUGCGGCAAGUGUACUCAAGGAAGGCAGGACGUUCGCGUCCCGUCGCUUUACCACACGACUUCCCGCUUACUCGAUACGAGAGGCUGUCAGCUAUUCUCCAUACUUCCAUAAAAGGUAUCUUAUUGAAGAAUGCUUAUCGUUCUAGAGAGACGUAGAAAACUUAUACGAAUUCAACGGCUAGGAAUUUGAAAUGUUAUAUUCUAUACCACGAGCACGGCAGAUAUUUAGAAAUUUAGCCAUAAAGCCAUAAUAUCUCUUUUUUUUUCUUCAAAUUCGUCAGGAAGUCUUGGAAUGUUUCGAGCGGCUUACAGUGGAAUGGAAUAAAAAAUCCUGUUUAAUUCUAUGUAACACUUGUUCUAUGAUAUUAAGUAUUUAUUUAGGUAGCUUCACGUUCUAAGUUGAAUAAUGGUUUUAAGCACUGUCGACCGCUUACAUGAUACUUUUAGUGUCUAUCAAGUAAUGGACAAAACUAAAUGUUUUAACCGCCCAAAGUACCAUGUGGGCGGCAAGUGAUUGUAAUUCUUGAGAUUAAUCGGUGGUUUUGUACUGUAUAUAUUAAGUUAGUUUAGUGAUCAAAUGAAACAUAAUUUAUUACAUUUUUAUUUGUGGGGUAAUUUAGUUAAAAUAACUUAAACGAAAUGUGUCUAUUUAAUAAAUUAGAAUCUGCAAUUUUCAGUUUUUUUUUGUGAUAAAUGGUGCAGUACAAAACCAUAUCGAAUUCCGUAUGAUGUGAUCUUCUGUGAAGACUGAGUGAUUUCGACUACAAUUUAUCAUACAAUAUAGAGAAACUUAUAAUAAUUAUAUUUUUUUUAAUGGCAACAUUAGCAGUUUUUUUUUCUACAUUUAUAAUAUAGGCAAUCACAGAUUUGAUUCCUGUCAGUAUGCACUUAUUGCCAACAGUGUAGUGGACACAGUGUGACCAUUUUAUCAAAGAUAAAUAUGUCUUAAAUAUAGUUUGUUACAUUAUUUUACGGUAAACGACUUAAAUCCAACUCUUUGAUAGUUACAUAUAUAUAAAAAUAUGAUUAAAUUGUAGUUAAAAUCAUUAAAAGGAUGUUUUGCACAAUGAAGUCACUAUUUGUACAAACCAUUUAGUUGCGUAUUACAAGUCUAUGGUUUUGCACAUUAUUCUAUUCUCAUUGUUUACAAGGCGCAAAUAGAAAAAAAAAUUUGAGUGACAGUUGUAUGGGGUUAGCAAGAUGUUUAUAUAAAAAUACAGAAUAUCAAAUAUAGAUACACAAAUGAAUUACAUGUCGAAUGGUAUGCCGGUUUUACUGUCGGUUAAAAACAGUUUUUCUAAUAGACUUGUAAUAUCCAGCUGUCUUAUUGAUUGUAUUGUGUGAUGGUAUUUAUUAAUUUAAUGAAAAAUAAUUAUUUUAAAAUAUUUUAAUGGCGAAUAUAUAUGUAUAAUGUGAUUAAAAAAGAAAAUACAAAAAUAACUUUUAAUAUAUAAUUUUGGUAAUUGUUUUUCAUUAAGUUUAUUUUAUGAUAGUUUUGUUUUGCUCAUAAUAAUAUUAUGUAGUGAAAUUAUAAAAUUUUAUAAAUUAGCCGAUUUGAAUACCUCACGAAAAGUAUCCUUUUUAAACACUUCACUCUGUUUAUGAAGGGGUCAAAGGGGACUAAUUUGUGAAUGAUACAGAUAAUAAAUUCUUUAUUGCGUUCAAUGUGUCAAAUACGUUUGACGUUCGCUUAACAUUUUCGUGAGGUAAAAUUAAGAGUAAUGGUGGCCUUUAUUAUUUCGCAGCCAAAUUUAUUUCAGAACCUCCAUUCGAAAUGUAUAUCAUGUAACUCAAAGAUCGGAUUAUGUUUGGUGCAAUACACAACAUUCCAAACUUGGUUUGGUGCUUAUUAUUAUAGUAAAUGAUUGAAUAAUA